AAUAGCUUCAUCCAAUGUAAAUACGGAGUACUUGUUGCUUGUGAAUACAACCCAUCCCAUCCAUCCACGUGUCGCCACCUUCUCAAACAUCCAAACUACCAUGUAUUUCUCCUCCACUUCCAGUCCGUGCUCCUUCUAACCAACCAAUUCCUAACAAACCUCGAUUGAAACCAUUCAUCUCUGAGAUCAUGACGCUUUUGUCUCGAGUUUCCCAGAAAAUGGCCGGAAAUGAGUGGAUAAAUGGGUACCUGGAGGCCAUACUGGACAGCGGAGCGUCCGCGAUUGAGGUUGAGAACAAGGCGCCGCUGGUUAACCUCCGGGAUAGAGGGAUUUUCAAUUCGACCAAGUACUUUGUGGAGGAGGUUGUAACGGCUGUAGAUGAGACCGACCUUCACCGGACAUGGAUCAAGGUGGUGGCUACCAGGAACACUAUGGAGCGGAGUUCGCGCCUCGAAAACAUGUGCUGGCGAAUCUGGCACCUCACUCGCAAGAAGAAACAGUUGGAAUUGGAAGUUUUCCAAAGGUUGGCGAAUAGAAGAUGGGAACAGGAACAAGGACGCAAAGAUAUGACAGAGGACGACAUGUCUGAAGACCUGUGCGAGGGAGAGAAGGGUGGCGAUGUGUCUGGGGAGACAAUAACAACACUUGAUAGUCCCAAGACAGAGUUCAAGCGAAACCUGUCCAAUUUGGAAACAUGGUCGUCACACACAUUGCAGGGGAAAAAGCUUUAUAUUGUUCUCAUAAGUUUGCAUGGUUUGGUUCGUGGCGAAAAUAUGGAGCUUGGUCGUGAUUCUGACACUGGUGGUCAGAUUAAAUAUGUUGUGGAACUUGCCAAGGCACUUGCAAAGAUACCGGGAGUUUAUAGGGUUGAUCUGUUCACUCGUCAAGUCUCAUCGCCAGAAGUAGAUUGGACUUAUGGUGAGCCUACAGAAAUGUUGAAUUCUGAUGGUGACAGUGGUGCAGAUAUGGGAGAAAGUAGUGGGGCGUAUAUUAUAAGAAUACCCUUUGGUCCUCGUGACAAAUACCUUAGAAAAGAGCUGUUGUGGCCUUAUAUACAGGAGUUUGUGGAUGGAGCUUUAACGCACAUCCUGAAUAUGUCUAAGACACUAGGCGAGCAGAUUGGCUAUGGGCAACAACCUGUUUGGCCAUAUGUGAUUCAUGGUCACUAUGCAGAUGCUGGGGAUAGUGCAGCUCUUCUUUCGGGGGCUUUAAAUGUUCCCAUGGUGUUAACUGGGCAUUCGCUUGGAAGAAACAAGCUUGAGCAGCUUUUGAAACAGGGAAGACAAUCCAAAGAGGAUAUCAAUUCAACUUAUAGGAUAGUGCGGAGGAUUGAGGCAGAAGAGCUUUCACUUGAUGCUGCAGAGCUUGUUAUCACAAGCACUAGACAAGAAAUUGAUGAGCAGUGGGGGUUAUAUGAUGGGUUCGAUGUCAAGCUCGAGAGAGUUUUGAGGGCCCGUGAAAGACGUGGGGUCAAUUGCCAUGGUCGUUAUAUGCCUAGAAUGGCGGUUAUUCCUCCUGGAAUGGAAUUCAGCAAUGUUGUUGUUCAAGAAGAGGCAGCUGAAAUGGAUGUCGAACUUACAUCACUUACUACCUCAGACGGAUCAUCUCCUAAAGCAAUGCCUGCCAUUUUGUCAGAGGUAAUGCGUUUUCUUGUAAAUCCACACAAGCCAAUGAUUCUGGCAUUGUCAAGGCCAGACCCAAAAAAGAACUUAACCACUUUGGUAAAGGCAUUUGGAGAAUGCCGCCCCUUACGCGAGCUAGCUAAUCUUACUCUUAUAAUGGGAAACAGGGAUGAUAUAGACGAAAUGUCUGCUGGGAAUGCUAGUGUGCUCACAACAGUUCUUAAGCUAAUUGAUAAGUAUGAUCUGUAUGGACUAGUGGCCUUCCCAAAACAUCACAAGCAAAGUGAAGUCCCUGAUAUAUAUCGCAUGGCUGCAAAAACGAGGGGGGUAUUUAUAAACCCAGCUUUCAUCGAGCCAUUUGGACUUACACUGAUUGAGGCUGCAGCCCAUGGACUCCCCCUGGUUGCAACUAAAAAUGGCGGCCCGGUUGAUAUUAUUCGGGCACUGCAGAAUGGUUUGUUUGUAGACCCUCAUGAUCAGCAAGCAAUUGCUGAUGCACUUCUAAAACUAGUAUCAGAAAAGAAUCUGUGGAUGGAGUGUCGGAGAAGAGGUUGGAAGAACAUACACCUGUUUUCAUGGCCAGAACAUUGUCGCACGUAUUUGACAAAGAUAGCUGCAUGUCGCAUGAGACACCCGCAGUGGCAAACUGACACUACAACAGAGAAGUUGGCUGCAGAAGAGUCGUUCCUAAAUGACUCACUCAAAGAUGUACAAGAUUUGUCCUUGAGAUUAUCAUUGGAUGGUGAGAAAACAUCGUCCCUGAAUGGAUCCUUUAGUACCACCUCUGCAGUUGUCAGUGAUAACCCAUCAGAACUUCCAGACCAGGUGAAGCUGGUUUUAAGCAAAAUACAGAAGAAAUCAGAUGGAGGAGGAGACACUCAUCAGAAUCACGAUGAAGCAGAAAGGAAAGACGAUUGUGUACCUACCAAAUAUCCCAUGUUGAGACGGCGAUGCAAAUUGAUUGUCUUGGCCUUGGAUUGCUAUGAUUGUAAGGGACAACCGGAAAAGAAAAUGCUUAAUAUCAUACAAGAGGUGAUAAAGGCUACUAUGGUUGGUUCACAGGAUGGGAGAUUAUCAUCAUCUGGAUUAGCUAUAUCAACUGCCAUGCCAGUGUCAGAGUUGAUAGAGUUUCUGAAAUCAGGUAACGUUAAAGCCACUGAUUUUGAUGCUCUAAUAUGCAGUAGCGGCAGUGAAGUUUAUUAUCCAGACAUGGACAGCAAAGUCGCAGAUGGAAAUCCUCCUGUUCCAGACCCCCAUUAUGCUACGCAUAUUGAAUAUCGAUGGGGGGGCGAUGGAUUAAAGAAAACUCUUGGGAAACUAACUAAUGCAAGAGAAGGUGAGAAUUCAGGAUCAACACUACCACAUGUUGAAGAGGAUGUGAAAUCAAGCAAUCGUUAUUGUUUAUCCUACUUGAUCAAGGAUCUCAGCAAGGCAAGGAAAGUAGAUGACCUAAGACAUAAGCUGAGAAUGAGGGGCCUUCGGUGUCAUCUUAUGUACUCUCGGAAUUCCACAAGGAUCCAAGUAAUUCCUCUCCUUGCUUCUCGAGCUCAGGCACUUAGGUAUGUAGUCUUACAUUAUUCCUUAGAAUGGUUGUUCAUAUCUUGUGGAAUGUGAAUACGUAUCUUGCUCUUAAAAUAUAGUCUUAUUCCUAAUUAAUGUGCAUUAUUUGAAUAUGUGAUCUCAAAUGAGCUCAUUUCACACCUAGUGCAUAGUCUUGAUUUAGUCAUUCGAGCGGAUGGGGAUGUUCACCGUAUUGGAGCCGCGCGGGCUAAAUGAAAGCUCGCUUGAGAAGUCUCGUGUGAUAAGAAGAUUUCAACAUAGUUAAAAGAAAUGCAGAUGUAACAAUGAAUUUGUGGGCGAAGA